GUGUGAGCCCCCGCCCUCCGCCUCGGCCGCACCUCCCUGCGGACGCCGCCUCCCGUGCCUCCCUCGGCCGGUGCCUCCGUGGCCUCCGCGCGGCCGCCUCCGUGGCCUCCGCCUGCAUCCUUACCCUCCGUCGGCCCCCGUCCAUCCCCCACCGGUCCGCCGCCUCCCUGCCGUCCCUGCUCAGAUCCCGGCCGUCCGUGCCCCUGCAGCGUCCAAGGCGGCGCCCGUCCGGCCUUCUGGUCGCUGGAAGGCCACGGCCUGCUCCUCCAGGUGACGCCCUCCCUCCGCGCCUGCCUCUGUCCCUGUCCUCCCCAAAAGCAAGGGUGUUCGGCCAGCCAGCGGCCGUGUGUGGGCGCGUGAGCACCGGGCCGGAAGGCCACCAGCGAGUUGCGUGCUGCGAAGUACAAGUAUGUGCAGAUCCAGCCGUUCAGCGGUCUAGGGACGAAACAAUCAACAGCAAGCACUAGUCACCAGAGUCGCAGUACAAUACAUGAUGAUGCCCGAUUCCUGCCCUGCGGCCUCUGCCACUGUACACCCUCCUGUCUGCCCUGCGGGUGCCGCAGGUGGAUCGCAAGGACUGGUGCGGCCACGGGUGGUGCUAUUCGGCGAUUCCAUCACCGAGCAGUCCUUCCGCCCCGGUGGCUGGGGCGCUGCACUUGUUGACACGUACUCUCGAAAGGCUGAUGUAGUUGUCAGAGGUUACAGUGGAUACAACACAAGAUGGGCGCUUUUCUUGAUAGAUCACAUCUUUCCACUGGUUGGUAUUGCACCACCUCUUGCAACCACUAUAUUCUUUGGUGCAAAUGACGCGGCCCUUUUAGGAAGAACUAGUGAGCGACAACAUGUCCCAGUUUCAGAGUAUAAAGAGAAUCUCAAAAAGAUUGUUAAUCAUUUGAAGGAUUGUUCCAAUUCCAUGGUUAUUAUACUUAUCACACCACCUCCCAUUGAUGAAGAAGGAAGAGAAAGAUUUGCACGGUCGCUGUAUGGAGAGAAUGCGAGGAAGCUACCUGAAAGGACAAAUGAAAUGGCUGGUGUCUAUGCUGGUCAAUGCAUUGAGCUCGCCAGAGAAAUGCAUAUACCCUGUGUUAAUAUUUGGUCAAAGAUGCAGGAAACUGAAGGAUGGCAGACACUUUUCCUAAGUGACGGCCUACAUCUGACACCAGAAGGAAAUGCCAUUGUUCACAAGGAAGUUGUCAAAACAUUGAGAAAUGCUGGCCUGAAAGCAGAAGAGAUGCCGUAUGACUUCCCUCAUCAUUCCAAAAUAGAUGGCAGUUGUCCAGAUAAGGCUUUCCAAUGAAGUAAUUUCAAGCUGUGUUAUGUUUCGGGGUUUGAACUGCCGGCUUCCUGCAUUGAAAGUUAUGGUUCCCUUCUACCCAAAACAAUGGACCAAAGCUUCUGGAUGAGCUGAGAUUCAUCUAGACUUACAUUUCUUGUUUUGUUUGAGAAAUUUAGAUUCCAUUUCUGCUCCAUAAGAAAUGGAGAAUUGUUUCUCAUUGCAAUGAGUAUUAGAUAUGGUAAAAAAUAUACUAAAGAAAUAUUUUGGUACGAAGUGAGUUCAGACGUGAUGCCCGGCCGCAAACCAACGCUCUCUGCUAAUCAAAUUUGGGUGAUGCUAGCGGCUGAA